UCGCGCGCGCUCUGUCCCCACUCUCGCGCAACAGAGUGCGGACUGCCGAGAGCUCCGCACCACUUUCCGUCUCUUCCCUCCGCACUGCGAUUCCGUGAGGUUGACGGCUCUCCUGGCGGACACUAACUACCCAAAACACCUGGACCGAGCGUCCGUCGGGGGCACGGCAACGUGUUUAGAGGUUCCUCGAGCAGACGACAAAUGCUGGAGACCCGAGCCCAGUGCCCCCAGACCCGAUGGGGAGGGAGACACGCAGAGCAGUGAUGGGACAGUUUUCGGGAGGAUGCUACCUGAGUUUUGGCAUCCUCGUGCUUCUCGGUUCGCAAGUCCCCGCCACGUUAGCAAGAGGUCCCCGAGGUGAAGCCCUGCAGCAUGGCCAGUCUGGGACACUGCCUCACUUCCUGGAGGAGCCUGUUGAUGCUUACAUCAUCAAGAGUAACCCCAUCAAACUCCGGUGUCAAGCUCGGCCUGCUCUUCAAAUCUUCUUCAAGUGCAACGGCGAAUGGGUCCACCAGAGCCAGCACAUGUCGCAGGAGCACACCGACAUGGGGACAGGGCUGAAGAUCCGCGAGGUGAUGAUCAACGUGUCACGUCAGCAGGUGGAGGACUUUCAUGGACCGGAGGAUUACUGGUGUCUGUGUGUCGCCUGGAGUCACCUGGGAACCUCCAAGAGCCGCAAGGCAACUGUCCGGAUCGCCUACCUGAGGAAGAACUUUGAGCAGGACCCCCAAGGCACUGAGGUGCCUCUGAAUGGCAUGAUUGUGUUGCACUGUCGUCCCCCAGAGGGAGUGCCUGUGGCUGAGGUGGAAUGGCUGAAAAAUGAAGAACCUCUCAACUCUGACGGUGCCAUUGAUACAAGAGGCGACCAUAAUCUCAUCAUCUCUGAAGCCCGUCUCUCUGAUUCCGGAAACUAUACCUGUGUUGCCAGCAACAUUGUGGCCAAGAGACGCAGUGCCACUGCCACUGUUGUAGUUUAUGUGAAUGGGGGCUGGUCAUCGUGGACAGACUGGUCUCCCUGUAAUGUACGCUGUGGUCGCGGUGUGCAGAAACGUUCUCGCACUUGCACAAAUCCAGCUCCUCUCAAUGGGGGAGCCUUCUGUGAGGGCAUGUCGGUACAGAAGAGCACCUGCAACACGCUGUGUCCAGUGGAUGGCGGCUGGGGAGAGUGGAGCGAGUGGUCAGUGUGUAGUUCAGACUGUGAGAGGCAGCGCGGCAGAGAGUGUACAGCUCCGGAGCCCAAACAUGGAGGGCGGCUGUGUGAUGGGGUGGCACUGACUACAGACAACUGCACCGGCGGCCUCUGCACACAGAAUCGAAAGUUGCUACAUGACCACAAGCCACAGGGUGUGGAGAACAGCAGCGAUGUGGCCUUGUAUUCAGGCCUUGCUGCGGGGGUGGUGACAGUGGUGCUGCUGAUCAUCGCUGUCACUCUUUACCGAAGGAGCCAGAGUGAGUACGGUGUGGAUGUCAUCGACUCCUCCGCCCUCACUGGGGGCUUCCAAUCCUUCAGCUUCAAGACCUCUCGUCAAGCAAACCCCCUGCUAAUUAAUUCAUCCAUGCAACCUGAUCUGACAGUGUCGCGUACCUACACCAGCCCCAUGUGUUUUCAGGACUCUAUUGACAAGGAGCUGAUGGCUGAGCGCUCACUCCUUGACCCAUUGCCCGAUCUCCAAGUCAAAGGUGUGGCAGAAAGGGCGGAGUACCAUGUCAUGUCCCACCCUCAGACAUUUCCAAGGGGCCUGGCUCCAGACUAUAGAGGGGUUGCAGUUGGGACGACGCUGGGCAGAAGAGGCAAAAACCUUUUCACUCCACAAGUCUCUUUGACUCCCUGCAAGCCUCUCCACAAAGCAACUGCGGUGUUUGGUCAUGCUGGAGGCAGGCUGGUGGUGCCUAACACAGGUAUCAGUCUGUUGGUGCCUCAUGGGGGGAUCGCGGAAGACACUACCUGGGAAAUGUACAUGAUCAUCAACCAGGAGGACAGCAGCACUGUGUCCGAGGAUGGGCCAGAGAUCUUCUUGAGCCCUACGGUCACGUACGGCCCACCAGGCCUUGACCUGUCCUGUCCCAUAGCCAUGACCAUAGCCCAUUGUGCGGAGGUGGCGGCUGAUAAUUGGACCAUCCGGCUAAAGAGACAAAUGCAGGACAACAAGUGGGAGGAAGUGAUGUCUGUGGAUGAGGAGAGCACGUCCUGCUACUGUCUGCUAGACGCCCAGAGGUGCCAUGUGCUGUUGGAGCAUCCGGGUUGCUACGCCCUGGUGGGGGAGCCGCUGAACCAGGAGGCGGCCAAGCGGCUGAGGCUGGCUGUGUUUGGAAGUCCGGAUAACUGCAACUCUCUGGGCUUCACCCUCAGGGUCUACUGUGUGGACGACACGCCUCAUGCGUUUCAGGAGGUGGCGGUGGGCGAGCGCAGCAGGGGCGGGCGGCUGCUGGAGGAGCCUAAAAUGAUGCUGUUCCGGGGGAACACUUUCAGCCUCCAGGUGUCCAUCCAGGACGUCCCACAGUUACUCUGGAGCAUCAAGCCUUUCACCACCUGCCAGGAGUUCUCCUUUUCUCAGGUGUGGGCCAGUAACCAGCGUCCCCUGCAGUGUGCCUUCUCUAUGGAGCGAUACAGCCACUCCUCGUCUCAGCUCUCCUGCAAGAUCGGCAUCCGCCAGGUCAAAGGCGAGGAGCAGAUUCUCCAGGUCUAUACGUCUGUGGUGGAGAAUGAAAAGGGAGUGGUUCCCUUUUUCACUCAGUCAGACUGCACCAUCACCUCUCAGACAGGGUCAAGGGCCUUUAAAAUCCCUGUGUCCAUCCGUCAGCGGAUCAGCGCCACCUUUGACACCGCUAACGCCAACGGGAAGGACUGGCAGCUCUUGGCUCAAAAGCUCCACAUAGACAGGAACCUGUGCUACUUUGCAUGUCAGGAGAGCCCAUCAUCAGUGAUUCUGAGUCUGUGGGAAGCCCAGCACCAGGACUCGGGGGACCUGGACUCUCUGGCCAGUGCCCUUGAGGAAAUCGGCAAAGUCCAGUCCCCCAGGACCGCCACGCUUGGCUGCAGCAGAGAAGAACGGGACUCAGAAUUCACUAAACUUGGGUAGGGACGAUUCUACAGCAGAUCAAAAAUAAUGAUGAACCUUUACUGCAUGAACACUGAUGACCAGGUGUACUAGCUAACUGAUGGGGAGGAGGAGAAAGAGGAGACGCAAAGAGGACUGCAAGGGAAAUUCAGUUUUGGACUGUUGCUAAAGGAACACCUUUGCUGAACCAAACAGCAAAUACAGACGGGAAUCAAGGAACAACCGAAGGAAGUGAGUGAGGAAGUAUUUCUGUUAUUGAGAGGCACCAACAAAACAUUUUAGAAAAGGGAGAUAUAAGUAUCCUGCACCCAUCUUUGAUUGAGAAAUGUCAACUCCUGACAGGUUUGAUAACCUGUAUUCAAGGAUUAUGGAUAUCUGUGUGAAGAGGACUCUCCGCGUAGGAUGGAGCGUGUUGUAGACAGACUGCCAAUCAGGCUGGUGUUGUGACUUUCCCAGGAUCGGAUGUGCUUGCACUUGCCCCCAAAAAGUCCUCUGGGCUGUCAAAAAUAUUUAGUGUAAUGUCAUUUUGUUGUCAUUCAUUUUCCAGAUCCCCUAAUGCUUUUUUUUUUUCGUUCCUACAGCGUGUCUCUGAUGUUAGGUUCUGGAGUUAAAGGAGGAAACAGAAAGUGAGGAGUAUUGGAUAUUACUUUUGUCAGAACUUUGGUCAGAAAUACUGACAAUGAUUAGCAUUUAAAAAGAUCUGAUGAUGUCCACAUGCUAAAAAAAAUAAUGUAAGGCUGUGUAAGAGAUGACUUUAUAAACUGUGCUAAAUUGGCAUUGAUCAUAUGGAUAACUAUCAUUUUGCAAGAAACACCCACAUGUAGAACAUUUUCAACCCUACCUGCAGAACACAUUGUCAAAGCAAAGGCUGCAGAAGAGGAUAAGUUAUCCCAAUGUACAAUGCAAUGCAGCCAGAGGUGCACCCUAAUGUCUAAUGAUCAACUUCUCUGUGUGAUAAGUGACUCCAUACCAGACAGUGGGAGCAUUACAUAAAUUGCAAAUUGUUGGCGCUGGUUAAUUGGUGUGUACGUUUAAGACCCUCUGGGACUUAAUGUUUCUUGAUUAUUAUUUUUUUAUUUAAAUUUUGACUUUUGAUGUGUGGCUUGAUUUGAGCUGCCUUUUAUGGAUCGUAUUUAGAGACACUCCCACUCCUCUGUCUUCUCUUCACAGGCAGAGUUGCUCCACCUGCCCCUAAACAUGAUAAAGUGAUUUUGUGUUGAACUCUGUGUUGCGUAUGUGUGUACGUGUGUGUGUGUGUGUGUGUGUGUGUGUGUGUGUGUGUGUGUACUUUUAAUGAAUUCAAUUCUUGAAAGGCCUGACAGCCCAGCAUACUGUUUGGUGAAGAAAUCAGCGACAGUAAUUCUUCAAAAACUGUAUUUAGCAAAGAGAUGAAACAAAAAUUCUAUGUUUUAGAAAGAUGUAAAAGAACCAAGUAAGCACUCUUUAAGUUUGAUGGAUGGCAGAUCCUGUCAUUCCUCCUUAGAAGUACUUAAAGGCAUAUUCUGACAUUUUUGGAAAUAAGCUAUUCGCUUUCUUGCCGAGACUUAGAUGAGAAGAUCGAUACCACUUCUGUGACAAUGGCAACAAUCUUCUCUUCUAAUUUACGGCACAAAAGUGAAUAAGCUAAUUUCCCAAAAUGUCAAACAAUUUGUUUAAUUAACUAAGACUCCCAAUUUCAUAUGCAAGCUGCCAAAGAAGCUCCAAGCGUGCUCAUGCUGACUCUACAGUGGAAAAGCACAUUCCUGUUGAUUUGUGUAUUCAUGGAAACAUUCUGAGAUAUCUAACCACAGAGAUAUGCAUGCCAUUCCAUAGUCUCUGAGGUCUCCUGAUAAUCCGUUUUCACUGAGCCAUGACUGCCAAAUAAUCAAACUGCAAAUAAUGCAGACCUGUAGUCUAUCAGCAAGCCCAUCUGUAUGGAUCAAAGAACACCACGUGUAUAGAGAAACCUCUAUAAGGAGAGACUGAUUCUCCACUAUCAGCUGAAAAGGUCACAGUGUAGAAAGGCCAAAGCUUGGAAUACAUUUACACUUGGAAGAAACUGACUCACAUGGAGGCCACUAGUACAGACAACAGGAUCUAAACCUUUACUAAGCAAGUAAAAUACAGUUAAGUCUCUUCUCCAUGCUUUCCUAAUGUUUAAAAGGACAUUAUAAAGGGGUUGGAGUAACUGGGCGUGCAACUAAUGACUAUUUUCGUAAUUGAUCAUAUUGGUUUGGUCCAUAAUUUGCCAGAACAAAAAAUGUCCAUCACAGUGGCACAUUCAAAUCUCUUGUUUUGUCCAACCGGCAGUCCUAAACCCAAAGUAGCUUAAUAUCAUAGAAGACAAAGGUGUAAAUAUUCACACCUGAAGCUGGAACCAGUGAUUUUUUGGGGGGGCAUUUUAGCAUCAUGACUAAGAUGAAUCACCUAAUCAUUACAGCUUUAGAAGUAACCAUAUAAGUCAUAGUCCUACCUUAACAGGUGCUCUACUUAACACAAUAAUUUGUUUCCGUCAAACAGCUAAUCUGUGAUUAUUGUUAUCACCAUCCUGACUGAAGGUCAUCUUUAAAGGUAAUCCAAUGUAACCUCAUGCUACCGGCACACAUUAUUAUGGAUCCCACAUAACUUCUAGGCAAGUUCCGCUCUACGAAGCAGCUCAAUUGUUUGGGGUUAGGCAUUGACCUAGAGUGGUUAAGGUUAGGGUAGCCAAUUGGUCAGGGCACAGGACCUGAACAAAUCGGGUUAUGUUACCUUGCGUAAGCAUGGACGCCUGGCCAAUAAUAGUGUGUGAAUGCUAUUGAAGGGCAGGUCUUGCCUAGAAGUUACUCGGGUUCCAUAAUAACGCUACUGGCACCUGUAGUUAGCAUAGCUGCUAAUCAAGCUUUAGCGGUAAUAGAGUGCUUGGCCUCCUCAGCUACAAGGUUCAACAGCUGGGCUAUAGGAGCUAGCUAGCAUACAGUCAACUGUUUAAAGCAGCUUUUGAUUGACUGGAAACUUGUUCUUUUAACGACUCCAAAAAGCACUGAAAUUAUUCCGGCUGGUUAGUCCUCGUUUCAUGAGAUGGACUGUUGGGAGUUUCAGACAUAGAAUAAUUUUCUUUUUAGAGAUUUCAAGUACAACCAAAUUAAUAUGGACCCGUUGUAAUCUUAGUGAGCCUCCAGAUUGAGAGGAAAAUCCACAUUUUGAAGUGAUUUGUCAAAGUUACAUGAAACUACUACAUGAAAGAGUUGGUGCUAGCAGUGCGGUGACUGGGACCAGCUUGUUUCAUCAGUAUUCAAUUCCUCAAUGGACCACAGAAGUCAGAUUAUUCCAACAUUUGUUUCUUCCUCCUGGGAUUAACGGCUCCUUUCCAGUAUUGAUUUUCUGCUAACUUGUAGCAUGCUGACAACUGUGGAUGAAUUCUCCCACUGUGCCACCUGGAAGAGCAUUCGUACCUAUUCAAAGUCCUCCUGCAGAGCUGUAGUGUUGGCUAAUGGUGCCAACGUUGCUUUUUCUUGAAAAAAGGUUAUUACUGUAGCUGCUCUCGAAAGAGAAAAGAAUCAUGCGAGUUGAAAGACCGUUUCCUGAGCUAUUACCCACAAUAGAUCCCACUGAUGUAUCAUCACUAUAAGAGCUGACUCCUUAAGAAUCAUGAGUUGACCUUUCUGCUGAAGCACAGAAAAUGUCCUGCAUCCUCACCAAGGCCCCUGUGUGAUAAAUCAUUUAUGGUAAACUCUGAUUUUUAUCCAAACUUUUUUACAUUUUUUUAUUGUAUUUACAGAUGUAUCAGUGCUUGGGAUGGGAUCAGUCAGAUCUCCUUGGAUCAAAAGAAAUGGGAUACGACACUCCAUUCCAGCUGCGUUAGUUAGACCUUUUAGGGCAGGAAUAGGAGUAACAAAAGAACGCAGCCAGCAGAAUCCCUGAAGGGAGGACAAGAGGGGACGUGAAAAUGUUUAUCUAUAGCCAGCAGUUGGACAGGUGCUCAGGUACUGUUCCUCCAUCUGAUACAUUUCUACAUAAUAUCAAAAUCCCAUGUGAGUGAGAAAAACUGAAAUUAUUCCAAUAGACAGAAAUCUUAAGAAAGGAAAUUUGACAACCACCCAGUUACAAAGCUGAUGGUCUGCUGAGCAACCAAGUUGCAUUUAAAGAUCUGGACCUGAGACUUGAUGGAAAUGUUGUCCUGUAGAGAAGGGACACUGCUAAGGCUACAUAACUCCAGGAGACCUUCACGACAACGAAUAGCACCCAUUUUUUUUAGACAUCACAGUAGAAAGUUGAGUCUUCUUCUCUGCACAACUGAGAGUGAUCAGUAUUACACUAUCCAACAGUGGUUUUCAGUCAGGCAAGGAGUCACACAUCCGUAUGCAGAUCUAUAAUGGACUGUGAUAAUGUUGUGAUUUAUGCCACCUUGUAAAGAUUUUGUGGACUCUGCUGGAGUGAAGAUUACUUUGGACUUUGUUUCUGGAAAUCUUUUUGGCAGAAGGCCUUGAAACGUUACUGGAAUUGACCUUUUGUUGGCUGAAGGCUUGGACAAUAAGGUGUUACGCUGCCAAAUCUCUCUCCCAAAACACAGUUUUUUAUUCCCAAUGUGUCAACUUAAAAUCUCACACACCUACCUUGAACUGAAUUUUUGCUGUGUCAAGCCCUUCUGUCUCUCUUAUAUAUACACACAGACAUGUAUACACACACAUGCAAAUUUAAAAAGGAAACAGAUUAGCUUUAUAGUCCCAUCAUGUGUUGUGCACCACAAAAAUACACGGUUUUCUAAUUCUAACACUAACUAAUUGUGCCUCUCCAUGUGGGUUUGGUGUCAUCAGAGCGUCUGACCAGAAUGUUUUUUAUUAUAUACCAUAUCAAAGAAACUAGUAUGUUAUAUGCAAGUUGUAUUGUCCAUUGCCAUGCACAGUGCCCACCUUGUAUACACUGCAGAGGUGUUUCCUAAGAAUGCUGAAGCAUUUAAACCUGUUAUCUCCGACGCCAGGAACCUACAGCGACGAUGAGCUGACUAAAAAUGAUUUGACCAUCUGUCACCUGAGGAUGCUCAGUGUGUCCGUCGGUGUCCUUUACAUAAACUUGAUGACUCAGAGAGUGUAUGCGUGUGAGUGCGUGCAGAGAAAGUUGUGUGUAACUUUUAAAAAGCUGUAUUACAUGUCCUUGGAAAAUCCAGCCUACAGUAGUGCUACUAUUUCAGCUUAUUCAGACGUGUGAUGUAAUGUGUUUUUCUCACAGCCUACUAUCUGAAGCUCUGCAUUGCUUUGGAGAAAAAAAAGAAAACAAUGCUAACUUGAGUAAAAGUAUAUCAAUUCAUCAAACGUGGUGAAAGUUUAAGUGAAAAGGUUAUUACUCUGGUUGUUUCUCUGCUUUUCUUUCCAGGAUGACAUCUAUACUGCCUCUUAAAUCUUAUUCUCAUAUCAAUUGAAACAGCUGGAAAUGUUAAGUAGUUAUUAUUUUAUUCUUCAAAUGGUUAUGUAUCCAGUGCAAUGCAUUUCUAUACGUUUGAUUUGAGACAUCUCGGUACAUUUUCGGUACUCAAGAUUUGAUUAACGUGCUAUAUGAAUGUUUAUGUUGAAGGUGAAAAGCGUGACAGUCAUGCUGCUUAUCACCAGUGAUGUUCCCUUACAGCCAAGUUCUUUUUCUUUUUCAAAGAUUUGCAAUUUUGAAACUGUAUAUACUGUAUUGUGUUGAAAUAAAUAUGCAGUGAAAGCAUAGGA